AUGGUCGUCGACUCCACCACGGGCCAUGGCGCACUGUCCUUUAUGGAUGGUUCGUCUGGCUAUAAUCAGAUCAAGAUGGACCCAGAAGACGCCAUCGACACCGCAUUCAGGACCCCGAAGGGCAACUUCUACUACACCGUCAUGCCAUUCGGCUUGAAGAAUGCAGGUGCAACAUACCAACGCGCCAUGACGUACAUACUCGGAGACCUCAUCCAUCAGUCGGUGGAAUGCUACGUCGACGAUAUGGUGGUCAAGACCAAAGAACGCCAAGAUCACAAGGAGGACCUGCGGGUUGUCUUUGAGCGUCUACGUCGACACCAGCUCAAGAUGAACCCGCUGAAAUGCGCCUUCGCCGUGCAAUCAGGGCUCUUCCUCGGCUUCGUCGUACACCAUCGAGGCAUAGAGAUCGAGCCCAAGAAGAUCAAGGCCAUCCUCAACAUGCCACCACCCUGCAAUCUCAAGGAGUUGCGGGCCUUGCAGGGGAAGCUAGCAUACAUUCGUCGUUUCAUCUCCAACCUCUCCGGACGCAUUCAACCCUUCUCAAGCCUUAUGAAGAAAGGAGCUCCGUUCGUAUGGGAUGAAGCUUGUCAAAGAGGCUUCGACGACAUCAAGAGGUACUUGCUUAGUCCACCCGUCUUGGCUGCUCCUGUAAAAGGGCGCCCCCUUAUUCUGUACAUUGCAGUGCAGCCUGCUUCGAUAGGCGCUCUACUCGCUCAACACAAUGAUGAAGGGAAGGAGGUGGCUUGCUACUACUUAAGCCGCACCAUGGUGGGCGCCGAGCGGAACUACUCUCCAAUAGAGAAGUUAUGCUUGGCGCUAAUUUUCUCCUUGAAGAAGCUAAGACACUACAUGCUAGCGCUACAGAUCCAGCUCGUUGCAAGAGCGGGCCCUAUAAGGUACGUACUAAGUCAGCCUGCGUUGAUGGGGCGACUAGGAAAAUGGGCGCUCCUCAUGAUGGAGUUUGACCUAACAUUUGUCCCCCAGAAAGCGAUCAAGGGGCAAGCCUUGGCAGAUUUCCUUGCAGCGCACCCCAUCCCGGAGGACUCCCCGCUCAUCACCAACCUUCCUGAUGAGGAGGUGUUCACCGCCGAACUUGAAGGUCCAUGGGAGCUCUACUUCGACGGUGCUUCCCUUACAGAGGCCAAUCCAGACGGCACACCAAGACGAAGAGCCGGCGCGGGACUAGUGUUCAAGACUCCACGAGGGGAGGUGAUGUAUCACUCCUUCUCCCUUCUCAAGGAGGAGUGCUCUAACAACGAGGCGGAGUACGAGGCACUCAUCUUCGGCCUCCUCCUGGCUCUCUCCAUGGAUGUCCAUUCUUUACGGGCCUAUGGAGAUUCCCAGCUCAUCGUCAGGCACGUCAACGACAUCUAUGAAGUACACAAGCCUGAACUGGUGCCGUACUACAAUGCGGCCCGGAAUCUCAUGGGGCAAUUUCUCCAGGUUGAAGUUCUCCAUGUGCCACGAAGCAGAAAUGCGCCUGCAGACGCCUUGGCGAAACUGGCGGCAGCACUGGUGCUUCCAGAUGAUAAAUCCAUGCAGGUGACGGUCGAAGAAAGGUGGCUUCUUCCCGCUGUUCUGGAACUCAUCUCGCUGGAGUACGAAGUCAACUCCAUCACAACAAACGUGGUGGAAGAGGAUGAGUGGCUGCAACCCUUCCUCGACUACUUCAAGCACGACAGCCUCCCCGACGACCCCGUUAAGAGGCGCCAACUCCAAAGACGAUUGCCCUCCUACGUCUAUAAGGCUGGUGUCUUAUACAAACGGUCUCAUGGGCAGGAGAUCCUACUUAGGUGUGUCAACCGAGGUGAGGCCGAAAAUAUUUUGCAGGAAAUGCACCACGGAGUCUGCGGCGGACACCAAGGCGGAGCAAAGAUGUACCACGGCAUACGCUUAGCUGGGUACUAUUGGCCCGGUAUCAUGACGGACUGCCUUCGCGUAGCUAAGUCAUGCCACGGCUGCCAAAUCCAUGGCGACUUCAAGCAUCAACCGCCGGUUCCCCUACACCCCAAUGUUCCCUCCUGGCCAUUCGACGCCUGGGGAAUCGACGUCAUCGGCCCGAUCGAUCCACCUUCCUCGAGGGGCCAUCGUUUUAUCCUUGCAGCGACAGACUACUUCUCCAAAUGGGCGGAAGCUGUCCCGCUACGGGAGGUGAAGAGCGACAACGUCAUCAACUUCCUAGAGCGAAAUAUUAUAUAUCGCUUUGGGAUUCCACACCGCAUCACCUCGGACAACGCUAAGGCCUUCAAGUCCAAGAAGAUGUACAGGUUCAUGGUGAAGUACAAGAUCAAGUGGAACUACUCCACCGGCUACUAUCCUCAAGCCAAUGGAGCCAUUGAAGCCUUCAACAAGACGCUCGGCAAGAUACUCAAGAAGAUGGUGACAAGCAUAGAAGAGACUGGCAUGACCGUCUCUUCGAGUCUUUAUGGGCGUACCGCGUCACGGUCCGUACCCCAACUCAAUCUACUCCCUACUCCCUCGUCUAUGGAAGUGAAGUUGUACUUCCAUUGGAGGUCCAACUACCCUCACUACGGGUGGCCAUUCAAGAUGAACUCACCAAGGACGAACAGGUACACCUGCGAUUCCAGGAGCUAG